AUGUUGGAAGAAGUAGCGUUUAUCAAGACUCCGCCCGGAACACAGCAAAAGCCCGAGGUGGAGUUGGUGGGAGAGGUCAAGACCACCAACACUCCCACGAUCCACAAUGCACCCUUGCCCGCCGAUGGACCCGGCUCGGACCAUUUCUCCAAUGCCGCGUUGUUUAGCAUCAUGACGCUCGUGCCCGCUUACAUAGUGUACAAGCUUGGGAUGGGGUUCAAGACGUGGCUCGUGUUGUUUGUGGUGUUGGCGGUGCCGAUCUUGAUGGUGUUUUGGACUUUGGCCAGUACUUUUUCUCCGAGAAUCAACGACAAGGUGCAGUACCCCAACAGACCCAUCUCGUACUAUUUGGAGUACCAUACACCGGAACUCAAGGCCAAGUACCAAGACUGCAACGGCGGUAAAGGUAAGAAGAUCCCCAUUGAGACGUUUCAGGAGUUGUAUUUUGAGGGCAAGGUUAGCUUCAAAGGAGAUGCGUUGGACGUGAUGGAAUAUAAGCAUGACUGGGCCAAUUUCAGAUUCACGUUGGGAUUGUUUAGGUUUUUCUUGUUGGGGAUGAUUCCCGAGGUUAUUUUCCAUUCGCAAUCGCAGGAUGAAGAACAGGUUCGAGACCAUUACGAUAGGGGGGAUGACUUUUACACUUGGUUUUUAGGACCUCGCAUGAUUUACACUUCUGGAGUCAUUGGAGACAUUGAACGCGAAGAGACGUUGGAAGAGUUGCAGGAUAACAAGUUGAAAGUCAUGGCUGAGAAAAUCGACUUGCAAAAAGGCGACCAUGUGUUGGACAUUGGAUGCGGCUGGGGUACUUGGGCUACUUUUGCCUCGACGCAAUAUGGCGCUAACGUUACUGGUAUUACAUUGGGUAAGAACCAAACCAAAUGGGGCAACAAGUUGUUGAGAGAAUAUGGAGUUUCCGAGUCACAAUCUGAAAUUGUUUGCUGCGACUAUAGAGAAGCUCCUAAAUCGAGCAAGCCAAGCGGGAAAUACGACAAGAUCACCAGUGUCGAGAUGGCUGAACACGUUGGUAUUCGGAGAUUGACUGCCUACUUGGAACAAUGUCGUGACGCGUUGGAAGAUGACGGAUUGUUCUUUUUGCAAUACUCGGGCUUGAGAAAAAACUGGCAAUAUGAAGAUUUGGAAUGGGGUUUAUUUAUGAACAAGUACAUUUUCCCCGGUGCCGAUGCAUCCACCCCGUUGGCCUUUUUCGCUAGUUGCUUUGAAUCUGCCGGGUUGGAGAUUGUUAGUGUUGAUAACAUUGGUGUUCACUACUCUGCCACCAUUUGGAGAUGGUACAGAAACUGGAUUGGAAACAGGGACAAGGCCAUUAACAAGUAUGGUGUCAAAUGGUACAGAAUCUGGGAGUUUUUCUUGGCCAGUUCUGUUGUUGCCAGUAGAAAUGGUACUGCCACUUGUUACCAGUUUGUCUUGCGCAAGAACAUCAAUUCCUACGGCAGAGUCAACUAUGUUCCCAAACAACAAGGUUUGCAAGGUGCUAUCAAAGGCAAUGGAACCCAGACGAGUAAAUGGACUAAAGACUUUACCAACUUGUACCAAUAA